UGGCAGCGUGGCGGCAGGGGUGUGCGGGGAGCUGCAGGGGGAGGGCGCUGAAGGUAUUUGGUAGACCACUAGGCUUUGUUUCCAUGGAGCCGUAGCAUCGAGUCAUUGUGAGCAAAGCAUGGCAUUCUUUUCCCCUGCUGCUAAAAUGUGUGGCUUAUUCUGACUCGGGUUAUUGUGAACUACACAAGUGGCUCUCUGAGGAGAGCGGAUGGAGAAGAAAGGGUGGGGUCAAGGUUCAAGCGAGAGGCUCCCGUCGGGACUCCCUCCCUGUUAUCAAAUUUGUAGAGACACAUAAAGGGCUACAGUCUCAUUCCCGAGAACAUCGUGGAGGAGAGGACGGGGUGAGAGGACAGCCUUCUUUGUGUCAGCGAGCUCCUUCUUCCACUGCUUGGCUGACAAACUCUUUACGUGGCGUCACAGCGCACAUAACCGCUGCACGACUCUCUGCUCCUGCACCCGCCGGCGUCCACACAGUGCUGCGUGCUUCUCUCUGUGAAGAGCUUUGGAUCAAUCGCUAUUGAAAUGGAGUCGACAAUCACGGGUCUUCCCUCCCUGCUGUCUAAUGAGUCCUCAGAGAGCUGUGUGAUGGUGGAGACUACAGCUGAGAACGUGCUCUUUGGAGGAUUCUACAUUCUAGUUUUCUUUCUGGCGCUGAACGGUAACGGCCUGGCACUCUGGAUCUUCUCCCACCAGCAAGUCACAUCCUCUCCAGCAAACGUCUUCCUGAUACACCUGGCUGUGGCUGACCUGUCUUAUGUGAUCAUCCUCCCGCUGAGGGCCACCUACCACCUCACAGGAGGCCACUGGCCCUUUGGAGAGGUGCCCUGCAGGGUGGCAGGCUUUUUGUUUUAUGUCAACAUGUAUGCCAGCCUCUACUUUCUGGCCUGUGUGGCAGGUGACCGCUACCUGGCUGUAGUACACGCUGUGAGGUCACUGAAGGUCCGCCGUGCUCGCUACGCCCAAAUUAUCAGCUUCUCUCUUUGGGCCUUGGUCACUGUCUCUAUGGCACCCCUGCUGAUGACCCACCAGACUGCAGAGGUAGAUGGUGUGACAGUGUGCCUGCAGCUGUACAGAGAGAAGGCCUCACGUCAUGCACUCAUCUCUUUAGCUGUAGCCUUCACCCCACCUUUCCUAGCCACCUUAUCCUGUUACUUGCUUAUCAUUCACAGCCUGCAUCUUGGCUCCAGGUUGGAGCCGGCCCUGAAGCUGAGGGCCCUGCGGACCAUCAGCUUGGUCAUGCUCAUCUACGUGGUAUGUUUCCUGCCAUAUCACAUCAGCAGGGCAACCUUCAUUCUUGGCUACAGUCACCCUGACGUCUCAUGUCAGGCGCGACGAGGCCUGAGCUUAGCCAACCGCCUGACAUCCUCCCUCACAUGCCUGAAUGGAGCAAUGGACCCUCUGGUCUACCUCUUUGGGGCAGAGAAGUUUCGUGGAACUCUAACACGAAUGUUUUGCAAAAAUAACUCAGGGGAAUCCGGAGCCACCAGUGGAGCUUUGAAGGGAACACACGAAAGCUCAGUGAGCGCCAAGUCUGAGUUUUGAGGCAAAGAACCUUUGAACCUAAUCAACAAUUAUCCAUGAUUUACAAUAAACCAAAACUAGUCUGAUGAUCAAUUUACACUUACUUUUGAUGACUGAAGGCUUGAGAUUAUUAUUCCACAAAGUGACUGAUGUGCCACAGUGCCCACACCAGCAUGAAAUUAAAGUAAAUUUUCUGUUUGUUUUUUCAAAUGACUCUUCUUGACACCUGCUGUUAAUAAUAAGUCCUAAUCAAGCGAAACAAACACACA